GCCCGCCAUGGCUGAAGGAGGCUCCGGAGCGGAGUCCGCGCCCCCCACCCCCUCCAUGUCCUCCCUGCCUCUGGCAGCGCUCAAUGUGCGAGUGCGGCACCGCCUGUCGCUCUUCCUAAACGUGCGGACGCAGGUGGCUGCGGACUGGACUGGGCUGGCGGAGGAGAUGAACUUCGAGUACCUGGAGAUCCGGCGGCUGGAGACGCAUCCCGACCCCACGCGCAGCCUGCUGGACGACUGGCAAGGACGCCCUGGCGCCUCGGUGGGCCGCCUGCUCGAGCUGCUUGCCAAGCUGGGCCGCGACGACGUGCUGGUGGAACUGGGGCCCAGCAUUGAAGAGGACUGCCGAAAGUAUAUUCUGAAGCAGCAGCAGGAGGCAGCUGAGAAGCCUUUACAGGUGGACUCUGUAGAUAGCAGCAUCCCUUGGAUGUCAGGCAUCACCAUUCGAGAUGACCCCCUGGGGCAAAUGCCUGAGCAUUUUGAUGCCUUCAUCUGCUACUGCCCCAGCGAUAUCCAGUUUGUGCAGGAGAUGAUCCGGCAGCUGGAACAGACCAACUAUCGGCUGAAGUUAUGUGUGUCUGACCGAGAUGUCCUGCCUGGCACCUGCGUCUGGUCCAUUGCUAGUGAACUCAUUGAAAAGAGGUGCCGUCGGAUGGUAGUGGUUGUCUCUGAUGAUUACCUGCAAAGCAAGGAAUGUGACUUCCAGACUAAGUUUGCACUCAGCCUCUCUCCAGGUGCCCAUCAGAAACGACUGAUCCCUGUUAAGUACAAGUCAAUGAAGAAAGAGUUCCCCAGCAUCCUGCGGUUCAUCACUGUCUGUGACUACACCAACCCCUGCACCAAGUCCUGGUUCUGGACUCGCCUUGCCAGGGCCCUAUCCCUGCCCUGAACUGCCCU